CAAAGUGAUGACCGAUAACAUACUAAAACGCAUAUUGAUUCAACGAUCUAAAAAUAGUUUUAAAAAAUAUAUAUAGCUACCGUAUUGUAAAAGUCAAAAAUCAACGUCGGCGCGUACUUGAAACACAAUGUUAACGAGCUAAAGGCUAAGCUAAGCUAAAAAAGUAACGAUAAACUAUCAGUGGCCAUGCGUGAGGUUAACAUUAACGGCAAGUUUGGAUAGAAUGUCCUGCUUCUUAUCUAGCGUACAAAUCUGCGGUGAUCCCAAAGACUGGAAAAGUGGAACAAUCGCUAAAACAAGGGAGGAAGUGAGAAGCUCGAAAGCUAGCAGUAGGUUUCGGGUGUAAUUUUGCUCUUACGCCGGUAGUCGGGGCCUCGGGAAAUGAUGGCUUUAGUGUGGAAAUGAACCAACUUUACAACUGAAGACGAAUUAUUAUGCGAGCGAGUGAAAAGUGUAUCAUUUGAAGGACACGUCAAAGGGAACGAAGUGGAUAUGGGAUUAUUUUCCUCACAAAACGUAACAUUUUUUUCCGUUUGAAAAAUAACGGACGGUUAUUGAGAAGAAGAAAAAAAACGGUUGCAGUUUUGAAAGAAGCUCUGCCUCGCGCGCUGUGUUUCUGUUUCCCAACUGAAGCGCAGCCGCACCCUCUGACGAAUUAGCCAACAAGCUAGCAACACUUUUUUUCACACAAAACUCGACUUUCUUGGAUAAACACAGCUUUGUUUUUGAAACUAAGCGCUUUCGUUUCAUUUCGAAGGAAACCGGCUGUUAUCCCUCAACGCCUUGUUUCCCAUUUGAAGUAAAGCCGCACCCUCUAGUUUGCUUCCUCGUACAGACGAAGAGACCACACGUAUAUAAAGCUGGAAUACACCUCAUGCUGGUUCUCUUCAAACACUACUGGAUGGUGAUGUGUUUAAAAAAACUGGAUUUUUGUUUAAAACGGAUUUAAAAGAGAUGCCUACAAACAGGAAAGCCCAGCAGCGUGUAUGCCAGAUGGUACCGUGGUUCCCAUGCGUUUUGCUGAAGAAGGUGCAUGGGAAAUAGACAGUAAUGCAUAAGGGACCCGGGUUGCGGAAAGAACUGGCCAACAUCACUGGGUUACGAGCAAAAAGGAAGAGGUUAAAAGCCGAGGGAACACAAACCUUGGUCUUCUGGAGGUUUAAAGCCCAGCCUUGUGCUUUUUUGGAGUCGUUUAUACAGUAGGCGUUGUGGGAUGAUGGUGCUGAAGGUGGAGGAUCAUCACAGAGGGCUUGAUUCAAACUGCUGCUGUGAUACAGCCAUGACCCUCAAAGGCACUUUUCACUGGAGGAUCAAAAUGAACAAUGGCUCAUCUGGUUUUAGUCAUUCGGUGGAUUUCAUUUGGCCUCUUGCAACCACGAGAAGGGCAAGGAACUAUAAACGCCCGUCUGCUUGACCAUGAUUUAACAAAAAACAAAACACAACCGUGGCAGUAGAUACUUCAUGCUCGCAGAUUCAGUAUAGAAAGUGUUUUUGAUAAAGAUGUAUGUUGGUUUUUGGUGGCCUGGAAUCAGCAAGCACUUUGCCUUGAUAUGAUCUCUUGUAUGGCACUGCAAGUGUGUGUGUGAUUUAUUUGUUUUUGUCAUUUUUUUUGUGUGCGUUUGUGUAUAAAUAUAUAUGUGUGUGUGUUGUUGGACCUAGAUAGACAGAAAACAACCUGUGAAAUUGAUUCAAUAUACCCAUGAUGUGAUUUUGUGUGAUGUGCACAAUUAAGUAAGGUCAAAUUAUCUAAACAUUAAGGAGUUCAGCAUCAUUGUAUUGAAGGGAUUUUAAAUGUAGCAUAGAUUUUGACCUCAUUGACCCUCAUAUAUUGCAGGUAUGCCAGAGCAUGAUUUUCCUGAUUGAAGUUGCAUUAUCCACUAUUUUUUAUUUUUUUUAUUUUUUUCAGAUUUUGCUAUUGUUUACUGAAAUAAUUUGAUGUUUAAAUAGUAAACAGUGGAUGGUAGUAUAUUUUCUGAAGGACAACACUUUUUGGCCAGUUUCUCAGAGAAGGCGUGGUAUUAUUUCUGAAGACAUUGUCACAUAAGUUAUGAGUUUGUACUGUGGAAUGAGUGGUGUAAUCUAUAUUUUGUUCAAAAAAGAAAAUCCAGAAUAUUAGCUUGACCACCAUACUAUGGCUAGUAGUGGCUCGGGAAAGUCAGACAGCGAGGUUCCAACGUCCAACAUCCCGAGUGGCAGCUUGCAGCAGCGGAAAAGACUCUCAUCUGUUUGUGACACAUGCAAAAGCAAGAUGCAGCUGGUGGCAGAUUUGCUUCUGCUGUCCAGUGAGACGAGGCCGGUGAUGACGGCGGAUGGUGUGCCGGUGGCAGAGACUUUCGAAAAGUGUCGGGACACAGUGAUCGCUAGGACGAAGGAGUUGUCCAUCAUCACUCAUGACAUUCAGAGCCAGCUUAACAUGGGGAAAUUUGUGGAGGUCGGGGAACGCUUAGUGGAAAUGAGCAAUCUGGUCGUGUCUCUAACAGAAUUUUCAGCUCACGCCGCAUACCUGGCAGCAGUGGAGACACCAGGUUCACAUACCGCCGUUCCUGGCUUGGUGGAUCGUUACAAAGUGACACGUUGCCGUCACGAGGUGGAUCAAACUUGCUCUGUUCUGCGUGUAACCCCACUUUCUGAUUUAACACCCCAACUCCUCUUGGAAGUUUCUCAAAACAUCCGGAGGAACCUGACCACUCUCACAGAGGCGUCAUCUCUGGCAAGUGAGAAAUCCAAGGACAGGUUUGCCAAAGAGCAGUUCAAAGCCAGUGUAAAGUGCAUGAGCACAAGUGCCACUGCGCUUCUCGCCUGUGUCAAGGAGGUAAAGACGAGCCCGUGCGAGCUGACACGCAACCGAUGUGUGCUUUUCAGUGGGCCGCUGGUUCAGGCCGUCAAUGCACUGGUGGGAUUCGCUACAGAGCCCCAGUUCCUGGGCAAACCGGCUAAUGUCAGCGCAGAUGGUAAAGCGGUGCAGACGGCUGUACUGGGAGGCGCUAUGAGCGUAGUUUCGGCUUGUGUUCUCCUCACACAGGGUCUCCGGGACGUAUCCCAGCAUGCCGAAAACAGCGCCCAGAUGCCUAUGUACCGUGAAAGGCUGCGCCAGUCAGCUUGCGCCGUCUCUGAUGGAUGCACGUUGCUCUCACAGGCGCUCAGGGAACGAUCCUCUCCCAGGACUCUACCACCGGUCAACUCGCAUUCUGUGAAUUAAAGCAAAGCCCAUUACAGAUGUUUUUCUCAAUGUACCAAAGAGACUAAUAUUCUUUAACCCCAUUUUGUGUGAUGCUGUUGAGUGAAUGUACUGAAUUUGUAGAUGUUUGUCUGUUCAUCUAUUCUUGUGCAACAAAGGUGGCAGUUUUUUUUUUUUUUUGCACUGGAUGUAAUUAAAAAAAAAAAGACCUAGUUGAAACUGACAUCACAACAUAUUUCUAGUUUGUUUUUAACUCACUGGUAGCCACAGAUGUUGUGGUCAUUCUGUAUGUUGGACUGAAAAUACUCAAAAGAAAACUAGUGGAAAGUUUACCUCAGUUUUAGUGUCUGAGAGCAGCAGACAGAGUGAUGGUUGUAGUCGGAUACGUGACGGAUAUUAUUAAGAAAUGCAGUGAGAGUGAGACGCAUUUUGAUGCUUUGUAUUUCAAUUUGUGAAUCUUUUGGUUUGAUUAAAGCUGCUUUGAGUGUGUGCCAUAGGUUUUACACUAUUUAACAGAUUUACAAUAGCUUUUUUUCUGGAUCAUGCAUGUACUGGAGUAUUUAUUACAACUUAUUAAAAAGUUGGUUCUCAUA